AUCAACAUGGCCGCUCUCUUGGCUGUAUGUUUUUACCUUUAGCUGCUGUUAGCUUGACAAACGGUGUAUUAUCUAGAGAGCUGUGUAAUAUCAGACCGUCCAGUCAGAGUCAGUGUGAUUCAAAAUGGCGUCUUCAUUUGUCGUCGGUGAUAAAUUCAGAAAUAAAGUGACGCAGUUGUUGGAAAACACGGACUCGUCUCUGCCUCACAGACUGAGAGAGGAACUGGAGGAGACUCUGAAUAAAGCAGAGCCAACAACUCUGUCCUUCAGCACAGCCAGAAGACUGAAGACAUUCCUCCAGGACAAAGGACAUCCUUUCUACCUGCACGAGUUGUUGGAGGACAGCUCUCUGCACCUGCCUGAGGUGGUGAAGCCUCCCAGAAACCCAGAGUUAGUCGCACGUCUGGAGAGGAUCAAAGCCAAACUGGCAAAUGAGGAAUACAACAGGAUCACACGUAACGUCAACACUCAGGAGAUCAACCGCACUGGGACAUUAGCAGAUUUUGGACGGCAAGUGAGAUCAGUCAAAGCGGUGGUGGCGACCGUCUUCAACUUCCUGGUCACAGUGGUCGCUGCUUUUGCCUGUUCGUAUAUGGGGAGUCAGUAUCUGUUCACAGACACCGCGGCGAGAGUAUUGUCAGCUGUGAUCGCUGCGUCUGUCGUCGGGCUUGCUGAGCUGUACGUGCUGGUGCGGACCAUGGAGGGGGAACUCGGGGAACCAUAGCAGCAAAAACAAUGAGGGAAGCACAAAACCAGGGAACUGUAUCAGCCCUCAAUCAGAGCUUUGGCAACCCCGCCAGCUCAGCUGAUUCAGAACAGACGUCUCAGUUUACCGUGAAAACUUUGUGGACUUUUUCUUUGACGGAAAUUGAAUUUUCAUGUGUGGCUAAAUCUACUGUAAAGUGAUACUAGUGGCACUGAAGAAGAUUGGAACAUUUAAAGAAAGCAAAAGGGGUCAAAGUGACUGAAUAUCUGUUCUUUGACUUUGUUAAAUGUUACUGCUUAUGUGACAUUCCACCUACCCCGACUUUGUUUAAAGAUAUACUGUGCAGGAUUGUCGGUUACUGUUUGAAAACACACUCACCAGGGAAAGUGAAAGUAAAAACCAUUCCCAGAUUCACUCUCGUUUGGCGUGUCUGUGCUGUGUUUCUUGGAUGUCUGCUGCGUACAGUCUGGCCCCUGAGGUCUCAUUUAUAAAACAGUGUGUAGGAUCCAUACUAAAAACGUACGUACAGACAAAAGCCAAAAAUGUUGGCGCCAAAAAAUACUCAGCAAUUUCUACAAUCAGGCUUCCACCUCACCAUCUGCAUCACUAAUUUCCUGUCUCCAAAACAUUCUUAAGUAUGGGUCAAAGUUUCUCCCAUGAAGUCUGUUUUUACAGAUCACAGCUUUUUGCGUGUGAAGUUGCGUACGCCUCUUUCAGACCUCAUUUUGUGCGUACACAAUGUUUAUAAAUGAAACCCUGAAGCCCCAAUCUCAUUAGUGGGUCAUGAGUGAUGAUUGAGAGGGAUUACUGCUGUUUGAGUCCACACAUUGUUUUUUGUAAAAUCUUGCACAGUGUGUCUUUAAUUAAAUUAUGAAUCUUAUUUGUUAUUUA